CCAAUCUUGGAGCAGUAUAUAUACCCCCUGUUUACACCACCGCUCCACCGCCGGAGAUUAUCUCUCUGUCUCUCAACAAUCUACCUCUACCCGACAUCAAAUGUCGCUUCGGAGAACACUUUCCAAGCGCCUCUUGGGCGGCGCCACCAGUCCAGACUUUUCAUCUCAAAUCACCACCACACUUGAACAGACGCCCACUCCGCCGCCGUCUAAGGCGCCGGCAAGAUCUCAAUUCUACCGCGACUUCCGUGCCUCGUCCGACUUCUUCCGCCGGUUCCUCCAGCGCCGCGCCAUCAACAACCACUCCUCCCCCAACUCCUUAUCCUCCUUCCUCACACUCCCCGUCGGCGAAAAGCUGAGAGAGAAGCUCAAAUCACUAAACACUUCCGAUGAUCAUCACCUCCGCCUUCCGCCUCCGCCGUCCGCAAGGUUUGGCGUGAGCGUGGCGGAUGCUAAAAGGGUCCUGAAGUUUGCGCAACUGGAGAAGAUCAGAGAAAAGGUGAGGAACAUUCCGGCGAGCACGAUUCAGCACGGCGAGUUUGUACGGAUCUGCAGCGACGUUUGCGGGAAUAGAGAAGCAGGUUUGGAGUCCGCCAAGGCGUUGGAUGAAUCAGGGGACGUCAUCGUUUUGGGUGGCGUCGUUUUCCUCCGUCCAGAUCAGGUGGCAAAAUCAAUGGAGAGAAUGAUUUCAGAAUCCAUAGGCCUGCCCAACGACCCAAGAAUAGAAGAGCUGGGCCGACUCGAAAACCAAAAGGCCCAGAUUGACCAAAAAGCCCAAACCCUCGUUCGUGGGGAGCUCUAUUGUGGGCUGGGCUUUUUGGCAGUCCAAACGUUGGGCUUUAUGAGAUUAACUUUCUGGGAGCUGAGCUGGGACGUGAUGGAGCCCAUUUGCUUCUUUGUCACCUCAUUUCACUUUGCAUUAGCCUAUGUUUUCUUCUUGAGGACUUCAACAGAACCCUCAUUUGAAGGCUACUUCCACCGCAGGUUCAAAGUCAAGCAAAAGAAGCUUAUGGCACUUCAUAAUUUUGAUAUUGAGAGGUAUAAUCACCUGUCUCAAGCUUUCUAUCCUAAGUAUUAGGCAAAAGUGUCGAGAUUCGUGUAAGACGGGCACAUUUUUUAGGUCUCUAACGAUGAGUUGUAUAGCUUCUGCUUAAGAUGCGAAACUUUUGCAUGUAAAUAUUGAAAUGAGUUU